AAAGAAGAGAAAGAGAGAAGAAGGUUUGGUUGUAUUGCGAAAUGAAAUCAAUCGGCAUGAAUUCUCUGAUCGCAAGCACUCGAUUGGAACACUCUUCUACUCUGCUUCUCAGAUUCAGACUGAAACAGAAACAGAAACGGAAACAAAGCCUUUCCCAUCAUUUUCUCUUCAAAUUGAACAACUCAGCUCCCAUGCUUAUUGCAUGUUGCUCCUCUGCUCCAUCUCCAUCACCCAACCCUUCAGACCAAACCCUUCACACCCAAAUCACAAUCCCCAAAACCCCUUCCUUCCUUUCUCCCAUCCCCAAGCUUAGUUUCACUGACCAAGCUUUCUUUCUCCUCGCAUUCAUCGCCUCUACGACCUCUGUGGCGUUCACUAGCUUUGUUUUUGCUGCCGUUCCCACACUCUUUGCAAUGAGAAAUGCUGCAAUAUCCCUUUCCAAGCUGGCAGAUACAGCUCGUGAGGAGCUCCCUAGUACCAUGGCUGCUAUUAGGCUUUCGGGGAUGGAGAUAAGUGAUCUAACUCUAGAACUAAGCGAUCUAAGCCAGGAAAUAGCAGAUGGUGUCAACAAGUCAGCUCAAGCUUUGCAAGCAGCAGAAGCUGGAAUCCGACAGAUUGGUUCAAUGGCACAACAACAAACCGUAUCCAUGAUUCAUGAGAGGGCAAGUUUGCCCAUAAUUUCUUUGCAACCUGCUGUUGCUGGAGCAGCUAGAAAGACUUCUAGAGCAGUUGGCCGAGCCACAAAGAGCUUGUUUAACAUCAUUUCAGGAAGGCAAGACACAGCAGAAUAUGAUGAUGAUGCAACAUACAUGUGAGAAAUCUGAUGAGUUCAGUUAAAAUGAUUCAACUGUGUGAAUAUUCCAUUUGCUGCCUCCUGCCUGCAAAUGGCCCAAAUAUAGUGUAGGAGGAGGAUACUGUAAAUUGAACCAAAGGUUACGUGAAAAUUUGAACAUGUCAUGUCAUGACCUUAUUACAACUAAUUUGAGAAUUACCACAUAAAUGUACGGUUAUCAUUGCACCUAGUUGGCAUUUGCAAACGCAUGCCAUACUACUACUCAUUACCUUGCUCAGAACUCAGAAGCAAUGCGCGUAGCUGCUUUGCUCUUCAAUGAAAACAGGCUUAAAUCGUGCUGAA